AUGGAUAAUCAAACUUCCCCUGAGACCGAUUUCGCUGAGCUGGAACUUGAUGCUGUGAUCGGAUUCAAUGGACAUGUUCCAGCAGGUCUCAAAUGCCAUCCAGACCAGGAGCAUCUGAUUUACCCCUUGGGCUGCACUGUCCUCAUCCAGGCCAUAAAUACUAAUGAGCAGAAGUUCCUCCAUGGCCAUGGCAACAAUGUUUCUUGUAUGACCAUCUCCAAGAGUGGAAAUUACAUUGCUUCAGGCCAAGUCACUUUCAUGGGCUUCAAGGCAGAUAUUAUCCUGUGGGAUUAUAAGAAGAAUGAACUGAUAGCUCGGCUGUCCCUUCACAAGGGCAAAAUUGAAGCUCUUGCCUUUUCACCUAAUGAGCUGUACUUGGUAUCACUUGGAGGCCCAGAUGAUGGAAGUGUGGUGGUGUGGAGCAUAGCCAAGAAAGAUGCCAUCUGCGGCAGUCCAGCAGCUGGCCUCAAUGUUGGGAAUGCCACCACCAUGGUCUUCUCCAGGUGCCGGGAUGAAAUGUUUGUUACUGCUGGAAAUGGAACAAUUCGAGUGUGGGAACUGGAUCUCCCAAAUAGAAAAAUCCGGCCUACAGAGUGCCAGACAGGACAGUUGAAAAGAAUAGUUAUGAGUAUUUCCAUGGCAGAUGAUGACAGCUUUUUCUACGUUGGUACCACAACUGGAGAUGUUCUAAAAGUGAAUCCCAAGACCAAAUUGAUGGCAGACACUGGGCCUAAGAAGGACAAGUACAGUUUGGGAGUGACCGUUAUCAGAUGCCUGAUGAUGGGUGGUUUGUUGCUCGGCUCCGGAGCUGGAUUGCUGGUCUUUUGUAAAAGCCCCAGCUAUAAACCCAUCAGGAAGAUUCAGUUACAAGGUGGUGUCACUUCUAUCACACUUCGAGGAGAAGGACACCAGUUUUUUGUAGGGACAGAAGAAUCGCACAUUUAUCGCAUCAGCUUUACGGAGUUCGAAGAGACUCUCAUUGCGACUUGCCACUUUGAAGCUGUACAGGACAUUGUCUUUCCAUUUGGUACCGCUGAGCUAUUUGCCACAUGUGCUAAGAGGGACAUUAGAGUGUGGCACACAAUGUCCAACAGGGAGCUGCUUCGGAUCACUGUGCCUAACAUGACCUGCCACGGCAUUGAUUUCAUGAAAGACGGCAAGAGCAUCAUUUCAGCUUGGGACGAUGGCAAAAUUCGAGCCUUUGCCCCUGAGUCCGGACGACUGAUGUAUGUCAUUAGCAAUGCUCAUAGAAUUGGAGUGACCGCCAUUGCUACCACCAGUGACUGUAAAAGAAUCAUCAGUGGUGGCGGGGAAGGCGAGGUGAGGGUGUGGCAGAUUUGUGGCCACACCCAGAAGCUAGAGGAGGCCUUGAAGGAGCACAAGUCCUCUGUGUCCUGCAUCCGGGUGAAGAAAAACAACGAGGAAUGUGUCACUGCCAGCACUGAUGGCACUUGCAUCAUUUGGGACCUUGUGCGUCUUAGGAGGAAUCAGAUGAUUCUGGCCAAUACUCUAUUCCAGUGUGUGUGUUAUCACCCUGAGGAGUUCCAGAUUAUCACCAGUGGGACAGACAGGAAGAUUGCUUACUGGGAAAUAUUUGAUGGGUCAGUAAUCAGAGAGUUGGAAGGUUCCUUGUCUGGGGCCAUUAAUGGUAUGGACAUCUCACAGGAAGGACUGCAUUUUGUCACAGGUGGAAAUGACCAUCUGAUCAAAGUGUGGGAUUAUAAUGAGGGUGAAGUGACACACGUUGGAGUAGGACACAGUGGCAACAUCACUCGCAUACGGAUAAGUCCAGGGAAUCAGUACAUCAUCAGCGUGAGCACAGACGGAGCCAUUCUGCGGUGGAAGUUCCCUUUCGCUUCUUGA